AUGUCGGGAAAGUUACAACCAACAGAAGAAGAGAUACACCAGGAAACCUUAAGAUUUCAUUCUCGGCCUACGCCUGUAGUAAAGGAAUCAGAGUUUGUCCAUGAUGUAUACAAUGAAAUUGCACAACAUUUUUCGCAAACUAGAUAUAAACCGUGGCCAAUUGUGCAAGAAUUCUUAGAGACAAGGCCAAGUAAGUCUAUUGGUGUUGAUGUUGGGUGUGGCAAUGGGAAAUAUGUGGCUGUGAAUCCGGAUUUAUUUAUCAUUGGUUCAGACUAUUCGACUGGAUUAAUUGACCAAGCUGUUCAGCUACACCGUGGAGAGAAAUGCAAUGAUCUGAUGGUUGCAGAUGGCUUGAAUCUACCGCAUAACUCCAACACUUUUGAUUUUGCCAUAUCUAUUGCUGUGAUUCAUCAUUUUGCCGAUGAGGAAAGGCGGAUUUCGGCCAUAGCUGAAAUCCUAAGAGUCCUUGAAAAGGGCGGGCAAGCGUUAAUAUACUGCUGGGCCUUAGAGCAGGAAAAAUCGAGAAGAGGAUACAAGGAGGGGAUGGAACAAGAUGUACUUGUGCCGUGGGUGCUGGUUAAGAAGGGGAAAAGGUCAAAGAAAAAUGGAAAGAAGGAACAAAAAGAGCAAGAUAAGGGGCAGGAAGGAGACGACCAAUCGCCAGUUAAAAUGAGGUACUAUCACUUGUACAAAAGGGGAGAGUUGACUGAAAAUGCCAUCAAAGCUGGCGGAAAGGUUGUCAGAGAUGGGUAUGAGAGGGACAACUGGUGGGUUGUGGUAGAAAAGGUCUGA